UGGGUGGGUGGCACCGUCCGUCGGCGGGUCUCCCGGGGAUGGAAGGGACGUCGUUCGGCGCGGGCCGGGCGGGCGCGGGCGUCGACCCCCUGCAUUUCCUCCAGGAGCCCCGGACCAUCCUGAGGAUCGCCGCCUGGGUGUUCUCCAUCGUGGUCUUCGGGGCGGUGGUCAACGAGGGCUACGUGAACCGGGACAGCGGGCCCGACCUGCACUGCGUCUUCAACGAGAACGAGGCGGCCUGCAACUACGCCAUCGCCAUCGGCCUCCUCGCCUUCUUCGCCUGCAUCUUCUUCCUCGUCCUCGACCUCAACUUCCAGCACAUCAGCAGCGUCAAGGACCGCAAGAGGGCCGUGCUGCUCGACCUCGCCUUCUCGGGCCUGUGGUCGUUUCUGUGGUUCGUGGGCUUCUGCUUCCUGGCCAACCAGUGGCAAAGGACCCAGGGGAGCAAAGGGGUGAGCCAGGCCGGGGAGCACGCCAGGGCCGCCGUCACCUUCUCCUUCUUCUCCAUCCUGGCGGCGCUGACGGUGAAGGCGGUGCAGAGGUACCGGUUGGGCACGGACAUGACCCUGUUCGCCACCGACCAGUUCCCGGCCGCCCCGUCCGGGGCCGGGUACCCGGGGGCCGCCAGCGGCCUCGACGGCACCGACACCUACCCAGAGCCCCCGUUCGCCGAGACCCUGGACCCCAGCCCCAAGGGCUACCAGGUUCCCGCCUACUAAGGGGCCAGGAAGGGGUCCUCCUCUCCCCCCCCCGACCUCCGACCCCCGACCCCGACCCCGGACCCUCCCCGGUAGCCGGUCGUCGUGUGUCCUGUCCAGCCAUCUCGGGCCUAGCCUCCGUCCAGGCCCGCGGCCGGCGCCCCUUCCGGACGCCUGCGGGGAGGAGGUGGGCCGGACGAGGGUCCAGGCCAGAGGGAAGCCAAGUGACCGGCCGGGGGUGGCCUGCCGCCCCCAGCCCUCCCCCCGGACUCCCGUGGCCCCCGGGCCCGCAACUGCCAUCCCCCCGAAUGAAGGGCCGGGGUCCCCACACUGCACCCCUGGAGGCCCGAGGCGCAAGCCCCAGGGUCCUGGGAUGGGGGAGGGGACCCUCACCCACUCUUUUCCAACCCCGGGGUCCCCGGGCCACCCCAGCCCCGACUCCAAAGGUUUCUGCGGGGGCUUCCCUCCCCAGUUCUGUCCAUCAAACAAUCGUCUUUAUUGAGCGCUUCCUCUGUGCCCGGCACUGACCUGAGCGCUUGGGAAAGUGCAGGAAGGCAGUAGAGAGGCUCUCCCUGCCUCGCAGCACAGAGGGAAUUCGACUCGAUUCCGGUGUUUCUUAAAAUUGACUGUUAACCCCAGCGGCCCCUCCCCGCGCCCCUCUGCCCCACUGAGGCUGCAGACCCUCCCUGCCUUGGCCAUCUCUCCUCUCUCUCUUCCCUCUUCUCCCUCUCCCCCCCUCCGUGCCCUGCCCUGCCCCUUGGGUGGAUUUUCCCGAGAGGAGAUGGGCUCCCCGGGAGAGGGGACCCUCCCGCUCCCCCUUCCUUCCCGCCUGGCCUGACCGGGAAACGAGGGCUGGCUGGGGCCCCGCAGCAGGGGGAGGACGGCUGUAGCACUUUUCUCUGGUUUUGAAGGACGCGGCUGCCCCCCGCCCCCCAUUGGGACCGGAGGGGUGGGGUGGGAGGGGGGUCCCGGCCCCAAUAGCCUCCCCCACUACCCCACGUCGUGGGAUCUGCUUUGUGGGGGGGCCCUGCCGGGAGACCCUUCCCCCCCCCAACCUCCGUGUCAAUGGGGAGGCCAAAACAGAGGCCCACCUCACUGGGCAAACCACUUUAGAUCUAGGCGGGGAGGUGGGUGAGGGGCAGGAGCCUCAUCUUGGUCAGAGGGUCCCACCCUCCCCGGGAGAGGAUGCCCCCUCAAACUGGGUGGGCCAGCCAGACCCAGACCCCUGUUAGGUGGAGAAGACCCCAAGGGCAGCCCCCCCUCACACCCCCCAAUCACCCAACCGUGUUUAUUGAGCACUUACACUGUGCAGAUCCCUCCGCCUCCCCAGAGGAACAUCAGCACCUGGUGUGUGUGUUUGGGAGGGUGUCCACCUCUCCGUCCGGGGCCGCGCUGACCCCCACGGGGCUCUGAGGCCGUCACCCCCACCUCCAGCCGCCGGCCACCGGGGCAGGGCCAGACUACAGGCCCGCUGCCUCCUCUGGGCAGCAGGAGCAGCCGUCGGGGCGAGCCGUCCAGCCUAGAGGGUGGUCCGGGCCCACCAGCGGGGCGAGGGGGCAUGUGUUUGUGGUUGUAGCUGCCUUGUGUGUAGGUGAUAGUGUCCUUAGGUUACCGGGCCCGGCGCUGGGUGCUGUCCGUCUCAGUAUAGCCCACCCGGAGACCGCCCCAUCCCUCAGUAGUACUUGUCCAGUGCUGCUAGACAGUCCUGCCCUAUUGGCCUCCAGGGCCCGCCGGCCGGCCCGCCUCUAUUGCCCCAGCCGGCGCUGUCAUUUGCCCCCUCGGGACUGUGGUGCGUCAGAACGCCUAGAACCGUCCCCUGGGGCCUAGUCCAUCUCUCGGGGUCCAAUCCACCCAGCCACCCGCCCUCUUUCCCCGCUCGGAGCCCCCAGCAUGCCAGCCGCCCGUGGAACGCCUGCCCGCCUGUGCCCGGCUGCCGUGGCCAGGCCCAACGCUGCCGUUGAGAGCCUGGCAGGCUUCCCGGAGGCUCCCCCCUUCCCCCGUGGCCAGGAAGGAGGACAGUCCCGGUCCUUCCCUAGAGACCCUCCCAACCUGGGGCUGGGGGCGGGGAGGGAACCUGGAUUCGCCACCUUCCCGAUCCUCAAAUGCCCCGGACUCUGAGGAGGCUGCGGGAUGCCCCCCUACUGCUCCCCGUGACCUCCCCAUCCUCCCCCAUGUGUGUGACCCCCUCCCCACAGCCCCCGGGGGAAAAGUACCCACCCACCCCCAGAAAGCUUCCACACUCCAGGACUCGGCGGGCUUAAGGGUGGAAUACAGCCCAAUUGGUGCCUGGAGCCUUGCCCCCUCGCCCUCUGGCCCUCAUCAGCCCACCCGGGGCCAGCUUUAGCCCCAUCUACGUGUCACGUCCGUGUCCCCCUCCGCUCCCCCGCCUGAUUUUUAGAAACCCACCCCGUACCAAACGUGGUCGGCAAACUUCCCUCUCUGGUCAAGCCGAGCGCUUCGGAGAGUUGGCUGUUGUGAGUAAAGCCCGUGUACAUUGUUGUCUAGAGUGGAGCGUCGAUGGGGGUGAAGUAAAACAUGUUUACAACUC